UAAACAGAAGCAAAAAGCAGUUGUGGAGUGUGUGUUUUUUAAUUUUUUCACACACACACACACGGAGAGCGGUGGCUGAAACGGCAUCGUUUAAAGGACCGCUGCUCAUCUCCACCACAGCUAGAAAUGGAGCUGCAGAUGAUGGCACAUUAGCAAAGAAACAGAAACUCACAGUUUUAUGGGUUUGGUUUCUUUUACCAAGUGUUUAUUUUCCCUUCUCACCUUUAAGCUUUUAUUACUUUAAGUUGUGAUGAGGGGCUUCGGUUCUGCCAGGUUCAGGAUGAAGAGCAGCAGCGGGAUGGCCGGGCUGCUGUGGCCGCUGCUCGGUGCGUGUCUCUGGGCUACGGUGGUCGGGUACAAGCCGGUGAUCAUCGUGCACGGUUUGUUCGACAGCUCAGAGGAUUUUAAAAAAUUAGAGCGGUUCAUCAACGAGUCUCAUCAGGGGACGAACGUGACCAUCAUUGACUUGUUUGACAAGGGCUUCAGCCUGGAGCCCAUGUGGAAACAAGUGGAGGGAUUCAAGGCAGCUAUUUAUCCAAUAAUGCAAAACUCAGCAGACGGAGUCCACUUUAUCUGCUACUCACAAGGUGGCCUGGUUUGCAGAGGGAUCCUCUCCACUCUGUCAGACCACAACGUCCACUCCUUCAUCUCCCUGUCCUCGCCUCAAGCCGGGCAGUAUGGAGACACAGACUACUUAAAGUACCUCUUCCCUCAGUUUGUGAAAUCAAACCUCUACCACCUGUGCUACACCGCAAUAGGACAGAAGAUAUCCAUCUGCAACUACUGGAACGACCCCCACCACAGAGACCUGUAUGUGAACAGCAGUGAUUAUCUGGCUUUGAUCAAUAGUGAGAGACCCAAUCCAAAUUCAACAGAGUGGAAGAAGAACUUCAUCAAAAUCAAAAAGCUGGUGUUGAUUGGAGGACCGGACGAUGGAGUCAUCACACCCUGGCAGUCGAGCCAGUUUGGAUUUUAUGACGACAAUGAGACGGUUGUUGAAAUGCAGCACCAGGAUUUGUACUUGAGAGAUGUUUUCGGGCUGAAGACGCUGGCGGCUCGCGGAGAUCUGAUCCUCUGCUCUGUUCCCGGCGUUGAGCACGUCUGGUGGCACUCCAAUGAGACCGUGUUCCACACAUGCAUGGAGAAGUGGCUGGACUAGCACAGAGCCACUUCACAGCACACAUGUGCAGACAAACACACAAAAAAGGUCUUGAUUUCUAAAAUCCACCUCAGUAUAGUAUCUUCUGUAGGAUGUAAUCUCAUUUUUUUUGGGGGGGGGGGGGGUUUACAGCUCCUACAGGUGAUAUCAGGAUUUAUUUCUUUACCGUCUUUUGGUUCUGGUAUAACUGCUCAUUUGCUUUUUAAAGAGAAAGUUUAACAUUUGGGGAAAAGUUUCUGAUCUCAUGCUGAGAGUUUUUAAACCUCUCUCAUAUCUGUACAAAUACAUGUGAGGCUGGUUAGCUUAGCUUAGCACAAAGACUGAAAACAAAGGGAAACAGCUAGCCCACUUGUGUCUGAAGAGGACAAAACCAGCAUGUUUAACUUUACUAGCUGACUUGUUUAGUUUACCUGUACAAAAAAAAUAAGAGUAAAAUGAUGCUGGCUACUACUGGCAUAGAUAGAUAUUUUAUUAAUCUCACAACGGAUCAAAGCAGCAGGCUUAAAAAAAUAAAGUCUACAAUGUACAGUCUAUAAUAAACAAACAACAUAGUUAAAGUUAAAGUGUCACAGGCACAUAGUGAGAGCUUUAUACUGUGAGAAUUUGCAAAAUGUAAAAAAUUUUGCAUAUACAACAGUGAAAAAAACAAAGGAAAUAAAAGUUAAAAAAAUAUAUGUAAUAAUAUGUACAUUAAAUCUAAGAAAGAGCUGUGAGAAGGUCUAAGUUGCAGUUAUUUCUUAGGCUCUAGCUGUCAACAUAAUGUUGCCAGCAUUUAAAAAAAAAAAAAAAAAAAAUUCAGCCCCAUAGUUUGGUUUUUGUGUAGAUUAACCAAAAACAUGUAACAUGUUAUUAGGUAGGCUUAAAAUUGCUGGUAGGCAGAUUUUAUUUAUUUUUUAACCUUAACACAGAGCCGGGCUAAUAGCCUUCAGCUGCUAUGCUGAGCUAACCCCCUCCAUUUAUUCACUCUGAUGACGCCCUUGCAAACAGCACAAUCCUGGGCCUCAGUGUCAUAGUACACAGUAUAAAAGAUGGACGUAGCGACCAUGACCUCCUUCACUGGUUUCCAAGGUCAUUUAAAACUACAUGUUACAAAAAAAUUUUAGUUAGGACCAGAAGCUUUUUUGCAACCACAGCUAUCGCCAUUUGGUGGCCUCCAGAUAGAAUGCAGGUUUAAGACACUUCUGCACUGGCUUUAUUUUUCCAACCUGGAAGCCACGUCCAUGCUUUAUACUGUCUGCGGUGCCACGAGUGCAUGAUCGUCAUAUCAGUUAUGCACAAAUACAGUACAGGGCCUUAGAGAUUCCCAGAUCGUGUGUGUGUGUGUGUGUGUGUGUGUGUGUGUGUGUGUGUGUGUGUGUGUGUGUGUGUGUGUGUGUGUGUGUGAGUGUGAGACUUCUUGGACUUCGCAUCGUCAGCCCUGAUGUGAAGGCUUAGUCUGAGUGACGACACCUAGGGUUCAGGAGACUACUGCAGCGAGUCUAGCUGUGUGAUGACUUCACGUCAACCCUAAUCGUAUCAAAGUAUCUAAGUCUUGAUCCCAAAUUGAGAGAGGAGAAAAAAAAAAAAA